CCGUCAAGGUAUCCAAACAAGACUACAGACUGGCUCUUGUACAAUAUUAUUGAUGUUGACCUGUUUAAGACUAACAAUACCCCCAAAACCACAGCAGCAGUUGCAAAACAUCAGAUGGACAUGAUGUUGUUAAAAGACGAUGAGUCAAGACAAAUUUAGAGGAAGUAUAAAAAUUAGAAGACAGUCAGAGUUGACAGGCGUUACAGAGAAGAAGACACAGAAUUUACUCCUCAGCCUCGGUACAAGAAGGAUUUCUUGCCAGAGCCUUCUUUCUGUGACGGUCAACUUGUUCGUCUGCAACCUAGCGCAUCUGUAGAAUGCGUCUAUGCAGAAGGAUUGUCUGCUGCUUGCCUCUGAUGGCUUUGAUCUUAGGGAUAUUUAAACUGAUUAGCAACCAACUGCAACAUGAGUCUUCUGUGGAUAUUCACUACCGAACACAGAGCAUUCCUUACGGUCAGCAUGAAUACGGAUUAUGGGAAUCUGUGCAGCAACAUAUCCACUAUAGAAGGAAAGAGACCGUUGUCAGGCAGCUCACAAAAAAUAACUGCACAUGUGAAAAGGACGCGGUGACAUUGAAGACUCUUCUCAACUGGGACUUUGUCUCCGAUCUGGAGUUUGCCUAUAACGCAGGAGAACGCCAAGAGGUGAAGCAAAGGAGAGAGAAAGAGUAUCAGCACUUUCUACAAAGGACGAAGAGCCCUGCCGAUGCUCUGCUUAUUGCCAAAGCAAACUCGCCUUUGGAAUAUCCGAUUCAAGGAGUUGAAGUGCGGCCAAUGAAAACCAUCUUAAUACCAGGUUUGAGUCUACAAGCAAAAUCGCAGCAUCUUUUUGUGGUGAAUCUAACAGCAACUUUGGGAACUUUUGACGUGGCAGCUGAGGUCGAUGAGGUGAAAAUCGAAGGUGUAGGGCAGAUGCAUCUGUCUCUGUCGAGCUCGCGAGUGGACAACCUGAACCGCCAGCUCCAGUUUGUCACCUACACCAACACCGUCUUCAACCCCAACACGGCUGACACAGUGCUGUUCGAGACAGAUGGACACCAGGCAGCGUUUACCAUCAAAAUUAGGCAUCCCGUGAUCCCGAAGCUUUAUAAUGUUAAGAGCCAAUCAGGAUAUAACGUCAGUGCAUUGGUGACUAUAGCAACCAAAACCUUCUUAAGGUACGACAAGCUGAGGGAGCUGAUAUCGAGCAUUAGGAAGUUUUAUCCCAAUGUCACCAUUGUAAUCGCAGAUGACAGUGAGAAACCAGAAAAGAUUGAAGGACCGUUUAUUGAGCAUUACAUCAUGCCAUUUAGGAAGGGUUGGUUUGCAGGGCGGAACCUGGCUGUCUCCCAGGUCAAAACAAAGUAUCUGCUCUGGGUUGAUGAUGACUUCAUCUUUGCUUCGGACACUAAGCUGGAAAAGAUGGUGGAGAUCCUGGAGAAAACAACUCUGGAUAUGGUUGGAGGCUCAGUGAGAGAGGUAACCAAAUAUUCGGCAACAUUUCAACACAAACUAAGCGUGGAGCAGGGUGGAAGAGAGGGAGACUGCUUGAAAAUCCACAAGGGAUACUACCACAAAGUAGAAGGGUUCCCCAACUGUGUUGUCACGGACGCCAUAAUUAACUUUUUCAUGGCACGGACGGAAAAGGUGCAACAGGUGGGAUUUGACCCACACAUUACAAGACAGGGACACUUGGAGUUUUUCAUCGAUGGUCUGGGCACCCUCCACAUCGGCUCUUGCAGUGACAUCAAAGUGGAUCACUCCUCCAAAAUCGUGAUGCCUUGGACAAAACAAAGCAAGAACGACAAAAUGUACAAAGAAUUGCGUUAUGUCCAGUUGACAGAAGAGGACGGUCGGUUACAAGAGAAACAGCUUUAUUUCAAGAACCGGUUUAAAUGCAUCAACAGCAGCUAAGGUGGCUUCAGGUCCUCCAAUCGGUGGGGAAAGAAAGUGCCUCAAUAUCUUGACUUUUUUUAUAGUUCACUCCCACUUCCUCCCACAGACACAGGAUACCUCACCCACAGUACCAUUGUCAAACACAGCCCUCAGGACACAGAGUGCAAAUUCACCUGUCUUCAGGGCUACUGCCAAUCCUCCUAUAAAACCUGCAACUGCAGAAGGGUGGUCAGAAGGAAAUGGUUUUACGUGGAAUUUCAAAGGACGUGCAGUGCAGAAACAGACGGCUGGCGGGUGACUGCUGGUGCUUAUGCUCGCCACCAGCCCCCCCUUUGCAUUCUAACCCCAUCAAUCUCUUUCUGUUCCAAUCUCCCCCUUUCUCUUUCACCAUCUUCCCCUUAAAUGUAUCUCCACCAUUUGUUGCAACCACUCACUACAUUCACCAACCUCUGUGUGGGACUUUAUUGAAAGUCUCCUGAAAAUGCAAACACACCACAUCCACUGGUUCUUUCUCUUCUGCUCUACUAGAUAUAUCCUCCAAUGGAUCAGUUAAGUAUGUUUUGCCUUCCAUAAAUCACGUUGUCUCUGCUCAAUCAUAAUCUUGUUUUCUAAGUGUUUUGGUAUCAGUAAUAUUUUCAAUGGAGACAUAAGAGAUUGCAGAGAACUGAUGACACAAAGCUAAGUGGGGACGUGAGGAGGGUACAAAAAGGCUUCAAGGGGAUAUAUCAAGUUCCCGUUGGCUACAACACUGCUUUAGUGUACGGGCAGAGGAUGUACCUUGCAGUUCCAGCACCAAGUACUAGUGUAACAUCUUAAUGGUAUAAACCCAGCUCCGUGAUUUCAGGUAGUGUGGUUCGAAGUACAAAAUGAAUAGCAAAUGCACAGCUGUGCCUUGGAAACCAUCUGAAAGGCAUAAGAAGGGAGGCACAGUGGCACAGCGGGUAGAGCCACUGCCUCUCAACGCCGGAGACCCGGGUUCGAUCCUGACCUCCGGCACUGUCUGUGUGGAGUUUGCACAUUCUCCCCGUGAACUGCAUGGGUUUCCUCAAACAUCCCAAAGACGUGAAGGUUGGUAGGUUAAUUGACUGCUGUAAAUUGCCUCUAGUGUAUAGGUACGUGGUAGAAUCUGGGGGGAGAUGGCAAGAAUGUGAAGAGAAUAAAAGAUGGUAAAGAAAAUUAAAAAUAGUGUAAAUAGGUGGUUUGUGGUUGGUAUGGACUUGUGGAGCUGAAGGACCUGUUUCUGUGCUGUAUCUCUCUGUAACUCCAUAAGAAUGGAAUGAGACUUGCAUUAAUAUGAGUCUAAAAACUUGCUAAGGGCUAACUACUCACAAGGUUAUGAAUGACUGUUUGUUUAGCUUGUAAAUAUUGGUCUGCACCACUAACCAUGUGGUAUGAAAUCCUGGUUGUAGUAAGCGCCUGCAUUUUUUGCAGACGCCCUCAUUUGAAUUCAGUGGUCCAGAGCCAAGGAAAUCUGUUAAGUUGCAAAAUUAAGAAGGUAAGACCCAUGUUGCCUUACAAGAAGGAAGCAACAACCCACCAUGAAGUGUGGAACCAGCAGGUCUCUUUCCAGAGCAGGGCACACAGCCUUGGUUUUAACAUCUCACCUGAAAAACAGCACCUCUGGCAGUGCAGUACUCCUUCAGUGCUGAACUGGGUGUGCCAUCCUGCAUUACUUGUGAAAGUAAACACUGGUUUCAAGGACUCAAGUGUUCGCAGAUGUUGGCUUGACUAACUGGGUAGCACUUGGGUUAUGGUUCAACUUCCACCUCAAGGAGGUGCUGUCUUCUGGAUGAAAUAUCUUCGUCACGAAACACGGAAAGGACAUAACGUAGGAGUACGCCAGUCGGUCCCUCAAGCCUGCCCUGCCAGUCGAUAUGAACAUGACCUCAACUCCUCUUUUGUGCCAAAUCCCCAUAGCCCUUCAUUUUCCCGAACAUGCAAAUACGAUCUACCUCCACCUUAAAUAUUUCUAAUAAUAAAUGACAAAGACAGACACAUUCCUUCUGCAGGAACCAGUCCUGAGUGCUGAAAUGAUAAUGGGUUAUAAAGUGAUAGCAUAAACUGACCGAUCAAAAUGUCCCCACUGGUAACUGGAUAAUUGGUGUUUAAAAUAUUAAUGCAGCGAGCUUAAUAAAGAAAUUACAAUGUCCGUUGUGGAAGAGAUGUAAAAACUAUCUGUGGGAAAAUGUCCUUUGAUUUGAAAUGCACAAUUGUACUUUGUGAUUCCAGGAGAUAUUGUAAAUGUAAUCAGGGAAUACCAAAUUGCUUGUGUUUCGUUCCGAUCAGAAUCUCCAGUAAAAAUUUUUGUAGUGUUUAUAAUG